AUGUCUGGAUUUCUAUAGUUUCCAGACAAAAUGCAGUUACGUUGGUGCUAACACUAUGAAUACAACAAUACGUAGUUCAUAAAAUCUUCCAACUAAAUGUGCGACUUUUGUCAAUUUCAUUCAUUAGAUUCACCCAUCAUGUGUGUUUUACGCGCCGUCUUGCUGCUGGCUAGCGUCUAUGGUAGCCAUGGCAACAGAUGUACCAAAACACUGCCGACUACCGGCCACGUCCGGUACUCCAGCCGGGAGUCCGCCCAGGCCUUCGUGGAAACGUUCAUCCAGUCGUCCAUGAAACCCGGGGAGACCCUCUGCUUCACCUUAGACGACCUCGCCAACGACGACGCUAGCUCUGCCGGCGUCUCCAUCUCCAUGGCAACGAACGGGAGCGUGCCGUUGCUAUGGCAACUGACUUACCAAGGCAUCGAGAUGGACUACGCCGUCAAGAACCGGUACUCCUUCUUCAGACCGAAGUACGAAUCAAAGUGCAUCUGUGACUGCCCGCAGUAUGCGGACACCUGCAACUCUAAAACAGACCUCUGCUCCGAACAUGAGCUAGAAUUCUGCUACAACACGUACAUAUCCGACCAGACGGCACACGGUUGUGAUGUGUACUGGAACAGCGAAGAAUCCGAAGUUUGCUGCGCUCUUCACGUCGGCAAGGACCCGGAAUCACCGAAAUACGACGCCGUGUACCUGUCCUCGGACGGCAAACCAGUCGUCAAGUUGUCCCUCAAAGUCUACGACAGUAGGACUGACGAUGUUGUGUUGUCCUAUCCAGCGUUCACGGUCGCUCUAAACGAUAGAUCUCACAAGGCACAACAUUGGGUACGAAUGGAGGUGACAGGCGACACCCCUACACAGAUUGACAGUGGGUACUACUACGCCGCAAGUGAAGGAACACAGCUAUACACAGACGUAAGCAUUAACGGUCUAAAUGAGUUCGACCCCAGAAAGAUGGGAUGGCUGAAAGUUGGCGAGGAUGGGACCUUGGAGAGACCGCCAGAGAGAGUUGUGGUCAAUACCUUCCACCUGAAGACAAAGAAAUGUUGGAACAAUUUUGACUACUCGGAGACGUGGCAGAUCUACGGCCACGGGAACUGGGAAGAUUAUUCCGGAUCGCGCGUCGAGGACUUCUACGACUGGAUACGGGGGGUUCGGUACUCCCGUCAGCGGCGCUCGGUCACGGUCGUGCCGCGGUAUGAUCGGCUAAUCAUGGUCAAGAUCGGGAUCAACACCACGACGAACGUCCUGUUCUACUACCAUGACUCUGAUCUGAUCGAUUUUACGGCCGAAGUUCGAGUCGACAGGCAUUCCAACAGAUUCGCCAACAUAACAUUGGUGUCAGCGGUGGGAUCACUCGUGGGGUCUAUUACACCCUACAGCACAGGCGCAGAUAGCAUUGGUACAGUGCAUAGGUUCGAGUUACACGUAGACUCUCCAUAUGCGACAGAUACCGUGAAACGCAUUUCUUUGCCGAAAGCCAUCAACGGCACGAGUCGGAUGUGUCUGUCGCCGCUUUCCAAGCCUGGGAACGAGGUCUGCAAAACCGUGCCCUUCGUACAGGAGGCGCUGCAGGACUUUCUCGUGCCGCCCACCUGGGGGCCCGGCAAUCCCGGGGACGCCGGCGCGGGGUUCAACUUCAACUGGCUCCUCGACUUUUUCGGCUUUCUGAACCCUGCCGAAUGGUUUAACGGCAUCCAGGGCUGGCUGGAGCUGUUCGCCAUGUUGUUGGACAUCGCCUUGUUCAUAGUGGUCACCUUUCUGGUCAUCAAGAUCUCCCUCCUGGUGUCUUCUGGUCUAAGUCUCCAUGGCCCUUCCCACGUGGGUGAUUUUACAGCAGAAGUGGUGCUGGACCGGUUCUCCAAUCGCUACGCCAACAUCACACUGGUGGCAGAGGUGGGAUCACUGGCGGGCUCCAUCACGCCUUUGACCGCGGAAAACCGGCCGGGAGUCCCGUUCGCGUUUGAACUACUCGUGGACUCUUCGUCCGAGGUCACCCUGUCAAAGCGUGUGCCUCUACCGAGCAACAUUCACGGCCCCAGCCGGCUCUGUCUGUCUCCUUUCCUGCGACCAGACCAGGAAAUGUGUAAAGAGGUGCCAUUUGUACAGGAAGCAGUCAAAGGGUUUCUUGUUCCGCCCGGGCCCAAGCUUAGGGCUGGUGAAAGUCGGCAACAAAGCAGCAAGAACGUGACUGCUCCCUCGUUUCUAGAGUACCUGAACCCUAGCCAGUGGUUGGACGGUGUCCAAACUCCACAAGAGGGCGCUGCUAUCACGCUGUCUGUUUUUCUGAUGCUGAUCUUCGCAGGUGUGCUGGCAUGCAGCAUCUGUAACUGCGGGGGCCAUCUCAGAAAGGAUGUUGAGUGGGAAACAACCAAAGAGGAGGAAACCCAGGCUCCAGUGGGCAAGACAGGGAAAAAGAAGUCUGCAGAGAAGCCUAGUCUGGUGGGCUAUACCAACAGGAAAGCCAAACGGGGGAAACCACUGUUGAAGGUGCUCGUAGAUGUGAACAAGAACAAGAAAGAUGCUGUCAAGAAAGAUGAGAAAGCAGUGAACCAGGGUAACGACCAAUCCUGUCCUCCCACCCAGUCAUGUGACCUGUCAUCAGACAGUGAGAUGGAUGAUGAUGAUGAUGGAGAGCCCUCGGCCCCCUUGGGAUACUUUGGCUGUUCCAACAUACCCAACUCCCUCCCUGCAUAUGAGCAUCCCAACUUUGGUUAUGAAACGUAUGAUAUGCAAUUGUAUUGGCAACAAGCUGCUAGCUCUUCCAAUAGUUGCUUACCCCUCCCCACUACUGAGGGUUGGGACAGCGAAAUCUGCAGUUCCAACAGCCACCCUACCUCCCCAAACAGUGAGCUGCCCGAUGCCAUAGUGGAGUGCUUUGCCGAGUGGUGGUUAAAUGCAGGAUGGAGGGAGUGUGCACUGUAUAUGGAACAGCAAGGCCUCAACACAAAACACUUGAUCUCAGCACAUGAACUGGAGAUGACCUUGGAGUUGACCUCUGACCCAGCCAUCCCUGUUGCUAAGCAACUGGAACCAUGGUUACAGGAUGAAGGUUGGCAGGGAUUUGUUCAACACUACACUGAGAGGUCAAAGGUCACUGACCUAGUUGGGUCAGAGUUCAGCUGGUAGUACAUUGUACUUGUUGUUUUAGAGAUCUGUAGUGUCUUCAAUGUACUAGUAUGAUUUUUUCUUAUUUCUGUUCAUACAGUAUCUAGUAGUUUAUAUCGUGCUGUUUAUAAGUUGUAGUUUUUUUUUUUACCCUGCAGCUAAUAGCGACUGCUCUAGUUGACAGGGAGUCUUUCUGUCUUCCUACCUUCUGGCUUCUGCAUUGUGUAUUUCUGAAAGUCGUCAGAAAAUACAAAUCAGAAGUCCUGGACUAAAAAUCAAUGACCAUAUACACAGUACAUGUAGUAGUAGACUUAACAAUGCACCUAGUGUUAGUAUUGAAGUAAUAAUAUGUUCCAAGAAUUGUUUUAAGUUAACAUGCAGAGAACUGUGCACUGUGGAUAUACACAGCGCUUCAGAUAAGACAGUCUGGGUUUCUGGGUUCACAGGGGACAAAUAAAAGAACAGAGAAACUCUAAUUCUUGUAAGACUAUUUCCUUGACAGGGUGGAUGGCAUCCCCGUACCAGUGUUGUGCAUUUGUCAUUUCCCGGGCAUCUACAAGAACAACGUUCAUCAUCAUCAAGUCCAGCUCGUGCGCCAGCCAAUCCCCGCUGAUCAGCUCAUUUCCCAUGCGCGUGUUUGCCGACUUGAUGACCACGAGUUACUAGUACUUCCA